AAACUGGACAAAUCAUCUAAGCGAAAAGUCAGAUGAUUGUACAUCUGACUUUUCGGAUUUCUACAUUGAUUUAAAUCAAUGGAUUUCUAUAUCCUAUUUUCCCACCAUCAAUUUCUCAUACCAAUAAAGCUAAGAAGUAAAAUCAAAUAUUGGUGUCUUAAUUAAGAGAUGAUUAAGUCACAAAUAUUCUUUUCCAGUGCGCGCUAACUUGUACCUACUCGAAUAUAUUUGCAAACAUUCGGUUAUCUACCCCACUUUCACCCCGCAACUAUGAAUCGGGUCAGCAACUUUUGUUUAUGUUAUAAUUUUGUUGUACCUCUUUUUGCGGCUGGAGUUAUAAUGUCUUACGAUAUCUAAUAAUGCGAAACCCAAAAUAACGUUUAAAACUAAGCGCCGUAAUUUAUUCGACACAAACUUACUUAUAAGUACAGUAGUUUUGGUCGGAAUUUAUUAAAAUCCUGUCUUAUUUCCCCUUCAAAGCUAGGUAUAAUUUACAUAUGUUGAUGUAAUAUUACAAAAUCGCCAGACGAUUGCGGGCUAAAUGAAUAGCUUAUGUCCUUUAUAACCUACUUAAUAAGUCAGGAACAGAAAUUACUGUAAAACAUUUGAAUAUUAUCUUCUCUAUAGGGCAAAAUCCUACACAAGCUUAGCGUUCAAUAAUUAGCUAGCAUGUAGGGUGAAAUCAAACAGGUAGAGGUAGGCACUAUAGGUAGAAGGGUGGUACAUGUUUCAUAGAUAUCCUGCGCGGGAAACGCGCAGAAAGGGAUGUUUACUCUUUGGCCUCGCUUCCACUCUCGUAUCAUCGAUCACGGGCCAUAACACCCCUGAUAACACCAUUUUAUACAAUGUUUUGACAUAUCAGUCAGAACAUUACUUAAAACAAGUGUUCUGUGUAUUCGAGUCGUAAAAAUUGAAGAAUAGGACUUUCAGGGUUAAAUUAUUGAUUAUUCGCAACAGAAUCAACGAGAUAUACUCAAACUGUUGUAUUGAACCGAGCUUACGACAUUGUGAACGACCAUUUUAUACUGUUGCAUACGUAAAGCUGAGAACGCAGGUUAACGCCGGAACACGCAAGAUGGAUUACAGGGACAACAUACAAAACCAACCUGAAGAACAAGAGACAGAAUUCAUAAUCGAUCCAAACGAGAAUCCGGCUCCGAUGACGGGGCCAGACCAAGAGGUCUUUCAUGUGAGGGUGCGCCCCACUCCUUCCGGGCUUCUUUCUAUUAACGUCAUAGGGACGCAGCCCGUUGAAGUGGUGCGACGAAACUGCCCUAUGACUACUGGUCUGAUUAGCCCGGUCUCGUCGAGCUCGUCGAUGACCGGUGAGGCACCGCAGUGGCCGGCAGGAGAGUCUAGUAGGGAUGCGAGGGAGGCUAGGGAGAUGAGAGACAUGAGGGACCAGAUGGAGUCAUCUGACGAGGAAUACGCAAGGAUCGUUCGCAAAUCUGAGUUACUGGGAGCACCCUACGAGAACGCCUCACAGGGACACCCCAGUGACGAGGACCCGAUCGACAGCUUCAUCCACUUCGUGAGGUCCCUCCUCAGGAGUUUCCAGGAUGACGAACUGAAGCUAAAAGUAAUGGACGACAUUUCUCAAACGGUUAUCAAUGCUAAGUCUGAGGAGAUUAAACGUAUUAAAAAGUAAAUGUUUCUUGAUGUGGUAUAUUAUUGUUAGACGAAAAUUGAUCAUCUUUCUUGACAUAUUGUAUUUCAUUCAUUCAAUAAAUGUUAUUAUAAGGUAAAUUUGCACUUUUACUAUGGAUAGGUAUUAGGUGUAUGCCUUUCGUGGAUUUCUUCUAAGACGUAGUAAACAUAUUUUAAACACGUUUAUUUUACCUUUUGGGACUUUCAAGGGUCAUAAAAAUGAAACCAAGUAUAUUUCGGCAACCGUUUAUUCAUAAGUCACCCCUGCUUACUAGCAAAGUUGUCUUUAACCUAUAAUGUAAUCUAAUUAUACAAAGUUCCUGCGCCUCAACUUUACGACUG